UUACUAUUGCGCGACGAGAAGUUUACCAGCAUCCAUUUCUAAGAAAAUAUAUAAACAUGGGUGUGGCCGAUCAAACAACCAAAUCCCAAAACCACAUUUGAACAGUUUCAAUAACAUCCCUCCUACGGAAUCCAAACCAGUCAACAUGUUUAUCAAUUCAACCACCAAUCUCUCCGCAGAUCUCAAAUAAUCCCCAAAUUCAAAUCAAAUGGCCCGAAUCUUCGAGUACUUCGUGGUUUGUGGAAUUGGGCCUGAAAUCCGGACCCUCGACGGAAACAGGGGUUUCCAUGGCACCGGAAUCAUGUACUUGUCAUCUCUAUUAGAUCAGUACCCUUCCCUAAAUCACACUCUUUACCCUCCUCCUCCGCCGCAACUUCCUACCUGCGUUCUGCCGGCCGGCGUCCAAUUUUACGCCUCCGGAUUUGAUUCUACCGAUCCUUCUUCAUUCCCCCGGAGCUAUCCCAUUGUGUUGACGGAGGGUGAUGGCUCCAAGAUUUACGUCAGCUGCAUUGCUUUUCGAGAUCCUGUCUGCGAGGACAUAGCGGAGGCCUAUCGUAUACCUGCCAAUUCGUUUGCCGAUAAAUGCAUCUGUUUCGUUUCCCGUGCGCCCAGUUUCGGCAUUCUGCGGGAUGCAUUGGAGGAGAUAUUCCUACUUUGUUUUUCGAAAACUGGAAGCAGCAAGCCACUGUGGGAUGUUAUAGCAUACUUAGUCUCCAAUGUGCCACUGCCUACUCCUGGAAAGGACCGAGUAUUAUUUGCAAUUGAGAAUAGCCUGCUUGCGGUAGAGUUUCCGCCAACGGAUGGGCUUCCUCAUGCUGAUAUAUCUUUCCAGCCUCUUGUCCAGUGUUUGGAUGUUGAUAAUUUCAUCAAAUUAUUUACAGCCGUGUUGAUUGAGAGGAGGAUUUUGCUCCGCUCAGACAAAUAUUCCCUUUUAACUCUUGCAUCGGAGGCCAUAUGCCAUCUAUUAUACCCGUUUCGCUGGCAGCAUGUCUACAUUCCGUUACUAUUUUUCAGUGGAGUUGACUAUAUUGAUGCUCCGACACCAUACAUGAUGGGUCUUCAUUCAGGUGUUGAUACUUUUGGACUGACCAUGGAUGGUGUUGUAGUGGUUGACCUUGUGCAUAAUCUCAUUACCACAUCUGAGGAAAUUCCUCAAAUACCUGAGCCAGAAUAUAGUUCUUUGCGUGGUGAUAUACUGAAGCUGUUAUAUCCAAAUGUUGUUGGGAUAGACCAGAUGAAGGCUGGUUCCUUUUCUGAGCAAUGCCCAAGAUCUGGCAGUAGGCCGUGGGGGGAGGAUCACGAUCUCCAUCUUAGGUUUAUAUUCUUAAAAUUCAUCGCAUCAAUUUUAGGUGGCUAUCGCAAUUUUAUAGAAAACACUGCAAAUCAAAUCUUCAACAGCCAGGCUUUUCUGAAGAAGCGCUCCCGGUCGACAAACCAGCCACUAGAUCCUAUGAUAAGUCAGUUUUUAGAUUCCCAAGGUUUCUUAUAUUAUUUGGAGAGAGGUCUUGGCUCUGAAGAAAAUGGCGACAAUCUUCUUGACAAGAUACAAGAUGCUAUUGGCAAGGGUCAAAAUCCUUUUUCUGUUCUUCCGUCUUUUUUGACAGAGCGUGAUAUUGUAACUAUUUCUGAUCCUGGAAUUGGGAUAUCAGGUGCCAAAUUCUGUUAUGAUAGAUUUCCUGCAAAUAUCAGAACGGAAGAGCAGGACGAGAAGAGGAAACAGAUUCUAGCAGCAGCAAGUGGGGCUCUUGAGUAUUCUGGAAAGCACACUCCUAGUUCCCCUUCAAUGCACGCUGGCAGAGAAUCUAAUACUGAAAACCUGAGUCCAAGGGAGAGGGCUGCUGAAAGGGAGCGUAUGGUUCUAGACAUUAAAGUGAAGCUGCAGGGAUUAUGGCUACGUCUUCUAAAAUUGGGAGCAACUGAUGAUCCUCUUUCUUCGUUUGAGUAUGGAACCAUCCUAGCUUUAAUUGAGUCUGAUGCUGAGGGAAUUGGUGGUAGUGGAUUUGUUGAAUGUAUCAGAGAGCACAUUCAUUCGGGAUGGACCUGUCAGCUGACAGAAGAGCAGUUUAUUGCAGUGAAAGAACUGCUCAAAAUAGCUAUAAGCCGUGCUACAGCUCGGAAUGACAUGGCGACUGUUAGAGAUGCCCUUGAAGUGUCUGCAGAAAUGCACAAGAAGGAUGUGAAUAACGUUCCAGAUUAUGUUCAGCGACACCUUCGUUCUCUUCCAAUCUGGGAUGAGUUACGCUUUUGGGAAGGAUACUUCGAAUAUCUGCUUGACCGCUUUUCGAACAAGUCAACCAAUUAUGCAACAUUGGUGACAACACAGCUAAUCAUUGUAGCAAUGCAUAUGGCUGGUUUGGGACUUUCCGAGACUGAUUCAUGGUACAUGAUUGAAACAAUAGCUGGAAAAAACAACAUUGGAUAUAAGCACAUUAUACAGAUCAGGGGAUUCCUGUCGCACAUCCGACAAAUUUGCGUUGGGUAUUGGGGAAUCUAUUCUGGAAAAUCUCAGUCUGUCUCCUCAUUUGGAUUGACAUCUCCACGUCCACAAGAUACCGCCGAUAGCACUCAGCAAUCUUCGGAGGCAUCUGUUGUUGGGAGGAGUUGGGUUCAGAGCAUGUUUAGCCGAGAUAGAGCCAGCUCUUUUAGCCGUGUUCGUCAGGGGACAACUGACAGUGCUACGAAUGAUAAUGGAUCUCUUCUCAAGCAAGACGUAUCUGCAUCAGGGCCGAAGAAAGUGCAGACAAAUAUCCGCAUGCUAAGAGGUCAUAGUGGAGCAGUGACGGCUUUACAUUGUGUGACCAAAAGAGAAGUGUGGGAUCUGGUUGGUGAUCGUGAAGAUGCAGGGUUCUUUAUCAGUGGAAGCACAGACUGCACAGUAAAGAUAUGGGACCCUAGCCUUCGUGGUUCUGAACUCAGGGCAACUUUGAAGGGGCACACUAGAACAGUCCGAGCCAUAAGCUCUGAUAGAGGAAAGGUAGUAUCCGGUUCAGAUGACCAGUCUGUCCUCGUGUGGGAUAAACAGACGACUCAGCUUCUAGAAGAGCUGAAGGGGCAUGAGGCACAGGUCAGCAUUGUACGGAUGCUCUCAGGUGAACGUGUCCUGACAGCUGCACAUGAUGGAACUGUGAAGAUGUGGGAUGUAAGGACAGAUACCUGUGUUGCAAAUGUAGGCCGCUGUUCAAGUGCAAUUCUCUGCAUGGAAUAUGAUGAUUCCAGUGGGAUCUUGGCUGCCGGAGGUCGAGAUGCGGUUGCAAACAUUUGGGACAUUCGGGCUGGAAGGCAGAUGCACAAGCUUGUAGGGCAUUCAAAAUGGAUCAGGUCCGUUAGAAUGGUUGGAGAUACUGUAAUAACAGGUAGUGAUGAUUGGACUGCCCGAGUGUGGUCUGUAUCCCAAGGAACGUGUGACUCUGUUCUAGCUUGCCAUGAUGGUCCGGUUCUAUCUGUGGAGUAUUCUAUAGCAGAUAAAGGAAUUAUUACAGGAUCAAAUGAUGGGCUACUUCGGUUUUGGGAAACUGAUGAUGGUGUUGUAAGAUGUGUCAAGAAUGUUACCAUUCAUAAUUCUUCCAUAUUGUCUGUAAAUGCUGGCGAACACUGGUUAGGAAUUGGGGCAGCGGAUAAUUCAAUGUCCCUCUUCCAUCGACCUCAAGAGAGACUUGGUGCUCUCUCCGGUACAGGAUCAAAAAUGGCCGGGUGGCAACUCUAUAGGACUCCACAGAAAGCAGUUGCUAUGGUUCGAUGUGUGGCUUUUGACCUUGAAAGAAAGAGAAUAUGCACUGGGGGUCGUAAUGGGAUGCUUAGGUUGUGGGAUGCAACUAUUAACAUCUAACCUCAUUUUUUGUGCUUGGAUGACAGGCAGACAGCUGCAGAAUGGGAGCGAGCUUGACACUUUUGAUUUGAGGAAAAUAUUCUUCUGAACUGUGAUUUCUCUUUGUUCAUUCCGAAAUAUCGUUUUCGAAAAUUUGAAAUAUACUUGUGUGCUAUAUUUACUACUAGCACAUGGUUUGUGAUUUUGUAAGCAAAUAGAAUUUUUGAUUAUUCUUGGCGCUGAGAGGCAAUGUUACUAUGGGUAAGUGCGGCUGCAGCGGUCAUCAUGCUUUAAGUCUAUAUGGGUAGCAAGCAAACUAGCAAUUUUACAAGUCUAGAAUUGUUUAUAAAUUAUGAUCAUGUUUACUUAUAGGUCUUUUAAAAUGUGUUUACUAUGGCAUACAUGUAAUAUAAUUCUCUUCCCUUCGAAUAUAUAUUUUUUGCCACGUUG